CUCGGCUCUGCUGUUUCCCUUUUCACUUUGUGUCUCCAGCCGGUCGCUCAGAUCUCCUCGACUGGACAGUUUUUGAUUUGAUUGCUGACCUGUGGGAACGAUUUGGAUACAGGAGUUGUGGAAUUACUUCACUAACAGCUCCCCUCCACCUCCUCUUCCUCUUCCUCCUGCUCUCAUCUCAUCCGUCACAGCCCAUGACAGCAGAUCAGCCAACAUGGCAUUCUCACAUCGCUUUUCCUUCUGGGAGCAAAAGAUUAAAGAAGAUAACAAGCCAGGAAGCAAAAGUUCAGACAGUGAAGGGCUGCCCAGCCGGGCCAAGUCUGUGCCAGCUCUAGACCCUGGCAGGGGGUUAUUCCGGGCAACAAGCCCCCCAUCAGUUUCCCAUACGGAGUCGAAAGCCCGGGUCAGGAGUCCCUCCCCGCCUAAAGUCAGGACACCUGUUAAAGUACCAGAACGCUUCAAAAGCCCUGAGCCACCGUCAAAGAAGGCAGAGCAAAUUAGGAGUCCUGACCCACCACAAGCUCCUUGGAGCCCACAGCCAGUUAUGAACAGUGAGCGAGAGCAAAAUGGCAUAAUGGGCAAAAGCGUGGCCAACGGUACAGCCAAUAGUGAUAUUAACGUUCCAGGCAGCAGCACCAACCAGAUGGAUACUACGGAGGACAAGGGUCUGACACGUAAGAAAGUAGUGAAGGUGGUUCGUCGAGUUGUCAGAAAGGUCCUGCCCGCAGAAGAGGACGAGACCAAUGUGCCAACGCAACCAUCAGACAAAGCACCACAAGCAGCCAGGCCUACUGCUGAACCAGUUAAAGCAGUGCCAGCACCAGCUUCAGUGUCUAAGGCCCCCAUGAUGUCAGGGUUCUCUUUUAAACAUGACGCCGUCAAAACGGAAGACGACAUUUCACGAGGGUUGACAAACCUCAUGGUCAGAGGCAGGACAAGGGAGCCCCGGCCGCGAAUAUGCAAGGAUGAUCGACCAGAAAAAAUAGAGUUGGAGAAGAUAAACGGGAAGAAAGAGGAAAAAGUUGUUGAGCCGCAGGAGAUAAAAGAGAAGAAAGAGGAUAAAACCACCGUAAAGCCACAGGAGGUCAAUUACAAACCUACAAGCUCUGGUCCAGGCAUACAGAUUGUUAAAUCUCCUGUGGUUGCUGUAAACCCAACGGCUCCAACAUCUUCCAAAUUGACUCAUUCCAGACCCUCAUCUCUCCCACCAGUUGUUGGCUUUAUCCCAGCUCCUAAGCCCUCACCCUUGUCACCGCCUCCUGGCUUCAUACCUGCACCAAAACCAACUGCUGCAACAAAACCCACCCCUACAAAUCCUCCGUCUACCACCCCAGUGGCCCCGAAGUCUUCCUCCGUCUCUCCUUCAUCACGUUUCAUCCCAGCUCCUAAACCCGCUCCACUCAAAACUCCUGUGAGCCCUGAUCCUCCCCGUCCCACCCUUAGUCCACUGUCUCUCCCUCAAGGAGUCAUUUCAAUUCAUCAAACUGCUGUCAGUCAACAAGAGGAGGAACCGCUCAGUCCCACCGAGGAAGCUCAGAGACGCCUGAUGAGGAUCUUCAACGCCCCUCUGGAGCUGGCUGUCAGUGUUUCGUCUUCUGUCCAAGCCCCCGCUCCUGCGGCCCCGCAGCCCCUCCAGGUACCGCGGCCCUCCAGCCUUCCUCUGGGCCUCCUGGCUGGUGUUUGUACUCGUGUGACUUGUCGGAGUGGAUCAGUGGAAGAGGACCCUGUGGCCCUCCUUCUGGCAUCUCAUGCUGCAGCUCAGCAGCCCCAGGUGAAGACGGAGGAGCAGAUCGCAGCCGAGCAGGCCUGGUAUGGAUCCGAGAAAGUCUGGCUGGUCCAUAAAGAUGGCUUCUCCCUGGCCACCGUGGUGAAGACAGAGGCUGGCUCCCUGCCAGAGGGCAAGGUGAAAAUCCAACUGGAGCAUGAUGGGACAGUACUGGAAGUGGAUGAGGACGACGUAGAAAAGGCCAACCCUCCAUCAUACAACCGAUCAGAGGACCUGGCCUCACUGCUCUAUCUGAAUGAAUCCAGUGUGAUGCACUGCCUGAGGCAGCGCUAUGGAGGCAACCUCAUCCACACCUACGCUGGACUCAAUAUGGUCAUCAUCAACCCCCUAAGCACACCCUCCAUGUACUCUGAGAAGGUGAUGCACAUGUUCAAAGGCUGUCGGCGCGAUGACUCUGCACCUCAUAUCUACUCGGUGGCCCAGUCGGCCUAUCGCAACCUGCUCACCACCCGGCAGGACCAGUCCAUCGUGCUGCUGGGCAAGUCUGGCAGCGGCAAGACCACCAACUGCCAGCACCUGGUCCAGUACCUGGUCUCCAUCGCCGGCAGCACGGGCAAAAUCUUCUCCGCUGAGAAGUGGCAGGCAGUCUACACCAUCCUGGAGGCUUUCGGCAACAGCUCCACCUCUAUGAACACCAACGCCAGCCGCUUCUCCCACGUAGUGUCCCUCGACUUUGACCAGGCUGGCCAGGUGGCCUCCGCGUCUAUCCAGACGAUGCUGCUGGAGAAACUGCGGGUGAGCAAACGGCCCGAGGCAGAGUCCACCUUCAACGUCUUCUACUACAUGAUGGCCGGAGCCGACAGCAGCCUGAGAACCGAGCUGCACUUUAACCACCUGGCUGAGAAUAGUGCUUUUGGGAUCCUACCACAGUCUAAGCCUGAAGACAAGCAGCGCGCCUCGCAGCAGUUCACCAAGCUGCAGGCAGCCAUGAAGGUGCUGGGCAUCUCCGGGGAGGAGCAGAAGGCCCUCUGGCUCAUCCUGGGGGCCGUGUACCACUUGGGGGCCGCAGGAGCCACUAAAGACGGAGAUGAAGCGGGACGUAGGCAAUUUGCCCGUCAUGAGUGGGCCCAGAAGGCGGCCUACCUGCUGGGCUGUACCUUGGAGGAGCUGUCCUCUUCCAUCUUUAAGCACCAGGCCAAAGGACUGCAGCACUCCACCUCCUUCAGAGGGGGGCCAGACGAGGCCGGCCAAGGCGACAGCUCAGGCUCUAAGGUCACAGCUCUGGAGUGUUUGGAGGCCAUGGCAUCCGGACUCUACUCGGAGCUCUUCACUCUCGUCAUCUCCCUAAUUAACAGGGCUCUGAAGUCCAGCCAGCACUCUCUGUGCUCCCUGCUGAUCGUGGACACUCCGGGUUUCCAGAACCCCCGGCUGGCUCAGCAGCAGCGGGGAGCCACGUUCGAGGAGCUCUGCCACAACUACACCCAGGAGAGGCUGCAGACCCUGUUCCAUGAACGCACCUUCGUCCAGGAGCUAGACCGAUACAAGGAGGAAAACAUAGAGCUUGCUUUAGAUGACAUAGAGUCCAGUACCUCACUGUCUGUAGCAGCUAUUGACCAAGCCUCAACCCAAGCUCUGGUGCGCACUCUGGCCAGGACGAAUGAGGCUCGAGGCCUUCUGUGGCUGAUGGAGGAGGAGGCCGUUCAGCCUGGAGGUUCAGAGGAAACCAUGCUGGAGAGACUCUUCAGCUACUACGGCUCUGUACAGGGAGAAAACAAAGGAGCCAGUCUGCUGCUGCGAGGAGAGAAGCCCCACCUCUUCCUGUUGGGUCACAGCCACGGGACGGACUGGGUGGAGUACAACGCUCAGGGCUGGCUGAGCCAUGCCAAGCACAACCCUGCUGCCCAGAAUGCUGCCACACUGCUGCAGGACUCCCAGAAGAAGAACAUCAGUGGGCUGUUUAUGGGCCGGGCCAGCGGGGCCACAGUGUUGUCGGGCUCCAUCGCUGGUCUGGAGGGCAGCUCCCAGCUUGCCCUGCGACGAGCCACCAGCAUGAGGAAAACCUUCACCACAGGCGUGGCUGCUGUCAAGAAGAAGAGCCUGUGUAUCCAGGUCAAACUCCAAGUGGACGCUCUGAUUGACAUGGUGCGUCGUUCCAGGGUUCACUUCGUUCACUGCCUGCUGCCCAAAGCAGAGGCAGUGAGUGGUGGAGGUGAGCCCCGUGUGACGCAUGGAGAGAGCCCCGACUCGGGCCUUAUGACUUUGGACGUGGGCCUCCUGAGAGCUCAGCUCCGAGGAUCCAAGCUGCUGGAUGCACUGCGCAUCUACAGGCAAGGAUACCCAGACCACAUGGUGUUUUCUGAGUUUCGCAGGCGCUUUGAUGUCCUGGCACCACAUCUGACCAAGAAGCAUGGCCGCCACUACAUUGUCACAGAUGAGAAGAGGGCGGUGGAGGAGUUGCUGGAGUCCUUGGAUCUGGAGAAGAGCAGCUACCACAUGGGGCUGAGCAGGGUGUUCUUCAGAGCGGGGACUCUGUCCAGGCUGGAGGAGCAGCGAGACGUUCAGACCAGGAGGAAUAUCUCUCUGUUCCAGGCUGCCUGUAGGGGAUACCUGUCCAGACAGGCCUUCAAGAAGAGGAAGAUCCAGGAUCUGGCCAUCCGCUGCAUCCAGAAGAACAUAAAGAAGAAUCGCGGUGUCAAAGGCUGGCCAUGGUGGAAGCUCUUCACCACUGUCAGACCUCUGAUAGAGGUGCAGCUCACUGAGGAACAGAUCCGCGGCAAGGAUGAAGAGAUCCAGCACCUGAAGCAGAAGCUGGAGAAGGUGGAGAAAGAGAGGAACGAGCUGAGACUCAACAGCGACCGCCUUGAGAGCCGGAUCUCAGAGCUGUCAUCAGAGCUGGCUGAUGAGCGGAACACCGGGGAGUCAGCCUCCCAGCUGCUGGAGACCGAAACUUCUGAGAGACUUCGCCUGGAGAAGGACACGAAGGACCUGCAGGCCAAGUUUGACAGCAUGAAGAAACAGAUGGAGUCCAUGGAGAUGGAAGUGAUGGAGGCUCGACUCAUCAGGGCGUCUGAACUCAACGGAGAGAUGGAAGAUGACGACACAGGCGGAGAGUGGAGGCUGAAGUAUGAGCGAGCCAUCAGGGAGAUUGAGUUCACCAAGAAGAGACUGCAGCAGGAGUGUGACGACAAGCUGGAGGUGGAGCAGCAGAACAAGCGGCAGCUGGAGAGGAGGAUCACUGACCUGCAGGCCGAUAACGAGGAGUCCCAGCGAAACAUCUCGCAGCUGAAGAAGAAAACCCAGCGGCUCACGUCUGAACUGCAGGACACCAAACUUCACCUGGAGGGCCAACAGAGCCGCAACCACGACCUGGAGAAGAAGCAGAGGAAGUUUGACAGCGAGCUGAGUAUGGCCCAGGAGGAGGUGCAGAGGGAGAGGAGCCUGAGGGAGAAACUGGCCCGAGAGAAAGACAUGCUGGCCGGAGAGGCCUUCAGCCUCCGACAGCAGCUGGAGGACAAGGACCUGGAGGUGUGUGCAGUCAACGUGAAGCUGGAGCAGCUGGACGCCGAGCUGCACGACCUCAACUCCCAGGAGUCCAAGGAUGAGGCUUCUCUGGCCAAGGUGAGGAAGCAGCUUCGCGACAUGGAGGCCAAGCUGAAAGACCAGGAGGAGGAGCUGGACGAGCAGGCCGGCACUAUCCAGAUGUUGGAGCAGGCCAAGCUUCGUCUGGAGAUGGAGAUGGAGCGCCUGCGUCAGACUCAUUCCAAGGAGGUGGAGAGCAAAGACGACGAGGUGGAGGAGAUCAGGCAGUCCUGCAGCAAGAAGCUGAAGCAAAUGGAAGUCCAGCUUGAAGAAGAGUACGAUGAGAAGCAGAAGGUGCUGAAGGAGAAGAGAGAGCUGGAGUCCAAGCUUCUGUCAGCGCAGGACAAGGUGAGGACUGGUGACGUCGAUGCUGAGAAGCGUCUGAGGAAGGACCUGAAGAGAACCAAGGCUCUGCUAGCUGAUGCCCAGAUCAUGUUGGACCACAUCAAGAACAACGCACCCAGCAAGAGGGAGAUCGCCCAGCUCAAAAACCAGCUAGAGGAGUCUGAGUUCACCUGUGCGACGGCAGUUAAAGCUCGUAAGUCCAUGGAGGUGGAGAUUGAAGACCUGCACGUUCAGAUGGAUGACAUCUCCAAAACCAAACAGGCGCUGGAGGAGCAGCUGAGUCGUCUGCAGAGGGAGAAGAACGAGCUACAGUCCAGGAUGGAGGAGGACCAGGAGGACCUCAACGAGCUGAUGAAGAAACACAAGGCCGCCGUGGCCCAGUCAGCCCAGAAUCUGGCUCAGAUCAGUGACCUACAAGCCCAGCUGGAGGAGGCCCUCAAGGAGAAGCAAGAGGUUCAGGAGAAGGUGCAAGCCCUCCAGAGCCAGCUGGAGUUCCAGGAGCAGUCAAUGGUGGAGAAAUCCCUUGUCAGCCGGCAGGAGGCCAAGAUCCGUGAGCUAGAGACCAAGCUGGAGUUUGAGAAGACACAGGUCAAACGCCUGGAGAGCCUUGUAGCACGUCUUAAGGAGAACGUGGAGAAGCUGACAGAGGAACGAGACCAGCGCAGCAGCGGCGAGAAUCGUGAGAAGGAACAGAACAAACGCCUGCAGCGACAGAUCCGCGACGUCAAAGAGGAGACGGGGGAACUGGCCAAAAAGGAAGCCGAGGCCAGCCGCAAAAAACAUGAGCUGGAAAUGGACAUAGAGAGCUUAGAGGCUGCUAACCAGAGCCUGCAGGCAGACCUCAAGCUGGCCUUCAAAAGGAUCGGCGACCUGCAGGCGGCCAUUGAGGACGAGAUGGAGAGUGACGACAAUGAAGACCUUAUCAACAGUUUGCAAGACAUGGUGACAAAGUAUCAGAAAAGGCAGAACAGAGCUCCGGGGGAUUCAGACACAGACUCGGAGGUGGAGGAUCGUGUGGACGGGGUGAAGUCCUGGUUGUCUAAAAGCAAAGGUUCAACCAAGAACCUCUCAGAUGACGGCAGCCUCAAGAGCUCCAGAUUUGCUGUAAAUGUAGACGCAAAGGAAGGGAAAGAGUGGAAAGAGGGUAAGGAAUGGAAAGAAGUUAAUAAAGAGGGCAAAGAGGUAGAGCCAAGCAGGCCAAUGUCAGUGAUGAGCUCGCUCAGCUACAGAAAACGCUCCAACCUUGAUUCCAUCGGUGGCAAAGGGGGUGCCCUCUUGAGGGGGCUGAAGGAGAGUGCAGAGUCUGAAGACGCUCUAUCCUUCCAUAAGGCUAAACCCAAAAACCCAGAUCUUCAGCACGACACCUACUCAGUCAGCUCCAGGAGGAAGUCCCAGGCAGGGGAUGACAUGAAUGACAGAGAAUCAGUCAUCUCCCAGGCCUAUUCAGAGGCCAACAGCCGAGCCAGGAAAGGCAUGGACAGCCGCUGGGGGGACUUUGACAAAGAAUCAGUCAUUUCAUACCCUGCACCAAGUCGGGCCUCCACACGUCUUGGGUUAAGCCCAGAGAACGAUGCCAAGUCUACCAUCAGCUUAGGUCUGUCAAGCCCGCUUGGACGCCGCCAAAGCACCUCACGCUUAGAUAUGGACAGAGGCAGGCGGUCGCUGUAUGGCAGCAGUCCCAGUAGCCCUUGCUUUAGCAGACGGUCUGGAGGACGCAGUCCUGGAAGUGUUAGCCGAGCUGAUUCCCAUAUGUCGCUGGGACGCAGCUGCCGCCUGAGCGAGUUUGAUGUUGAUAUGGAUGAUAGUCGCAGCGUGGCCUUCACCGAGAGGUCGGCGUACAGUCCUCACUCGUCCACUGGCCGCAGUAUCUCCAUGCCACCACCACGGGCCCGAUCUUCAACUACUGAUAAUGACCCGAUCGAUACCUUGGAUAUCAAACCAGUCAGUCAUCGCAACUACCUCGACCCUGACCUGGAGAAAGCCAUCAAUGAGGUGCUGAAUUUCAAGCCGAUCAAAUUCAAGCGCAGGAGCUUGGAAGACUCAGAGGGUGAAGAAGAAAAAUCCAAGAAUGAGAAGGACGACAGCAAAAGUAUCAGCAAUGGAGACGGACCUCGCCCUGCUAGCAGUCUUAGGCGCUCUGCGUCGGCAGUGGACUGCAUGAGAGCGUCCCGCAGCGGCAGCAGCUGCAGCAGUCGCCAUCGCAGCAAGAGCAAAGGCAAGAAGAAGAAGAAGAGAAUCCACAGCUCCGAGUCUGACAGCUCAGGAGACGACCGUCGUCACAGGAGCAGCUCCAAGAGGAGGUCCAAGAAGUCCAAGAAAAAGUCCAAGAAGAGGGACAAAUCUUCGUCCUCUUCCUCGUCUUCUUCCUCUUCGGAUUCCGAGUCGGACUCUGGGUCAGAGUCUAGCUCCGGGGCUUCCACCAUUUCCUACAGAAGCUCCAGCAGUGUGAAGAGGGCCCCGGUUCGAAAGGUGUCCAGCCCAGAAGGGGAAGGAGAAGCUAGGCCACAGAGUGAGAGCCAGCCCCUUAACCCAAAGGACGAUAAGAAGAGGAAGAAGAAGGUGGACAGCCUGAUGAUGAAGUACCUUUACCGGCCGGACAGUGACUGAGGCAGGCACCCCCCUGGCCGGAGACACUGCUUCGAUAGAUCUGAUGAAGAGGAGGAGGAAGAAGAAAAAGAAGAAGGCGGGGCGACCCAGGGCUCUUACUACGCCCGAUAAAGACAUGGCAGCCAAAUGAAAGACGACGGCGGCGCUGUCAGCAUCCACCCUCAUUACACCGUGGCAGUUUGUCUUGCAUGCAAAGUUGACCACAAUUGUGGCCAGUUGGACACAACCACACAGUUAAUAACCCAAAGUCCUGCAGGGAAACAUGUUCCAAACACUCAGUUGCAGCUUCCUAUGGCAGAUCCUCACAUGGUUUGGUCAUAGUUUGACAAACUGCAUAGUGUAACUGCACACACAGCUGCUCCGUUAUUAACCACUCUGCUUUGCUGGUUGCAUGCACGCAGCAGUUUGGCUUGAGCAGCCACCCUGUGUGGUUGGAACUGAGCCAAAGAACUUGAGGUUGCAAUGAUAAUAGAUUUUUUCAGCCUCUCUCUUUGUCUUUGUCACUCUUCCUCUCUUCUUUACAUAUAGUACACCACAAUGAUAUGUAUUGCCAUAGUACAAUGUAUUGCCAAAAAGCAUUUGUUUAAGUAUGUGUGCACACUGUUUUUACUAAUUGCCUAUUGAUGCUGAGUCCUGACAAAAGUCCCAGCCUUGUUUUUUAUUUUUUUUUCUUCUCGUCCUUCUUUCCAUUUUGGGACAAGUGCCAUUUGAUUAAAGUGGGCUCCUCUGCAGCUGGCUUCUCUGCAGCUGUGGCAUUUCAUGAACUGCUACGCUGUACACCGAGGACUCUCAUCAUCAUCAUCAUCAUCAUCUGCGCACUCUUUGUUUGCCUGAAAAGUUGUUCUGCCUUUUGCUGGCUAAUGAUCUCUUCCUCACAGGGGAGGAUGGUUGCAUCCACUAACUGCGCCGCCAUGAAAAGCAAAGCCUUUUUCUCCAUUUAACUCUUUUGUUUUUGAGGUUUGAUAGAUUUGUUUUGCAGAGGA